UAAUUUUACGAACACGCAUGUCAGUUCUUUUGUAUGGACCUUCGAUCGGAGAAGGAACCUACACUUUCUGUUAAAUAAAAUCUAAGGGCAUCUGAUUUUAAGCAGGUUAAAAAUGGCCAAGUCUUCUGAGAAGAAAGGAAAAAGUGCUAUUAAUGAAGUAGUGACUCGUGAAUAUACAGUUCAUCUUCACAAACGACUUCAUGGAGUUGGAUUUAAAAAACGUGCACCAAGAGCAAUCAAAGAGAUUAGGAAGUUUGCUGAAAAACAAAUGGGUACACCUGAUGUAAGGAUUGAUACCCGUCUUAAUAAACAGUUAUGGUCUAAAGGAAUCAGGAACGUUCCUUUCAGAGUUCGUGUUCGAUUAAGCAGAAGAAGAAAUGAUGAUGAAGAUUCCGCUAAUAAAUUGUACACACUUGUAACAUAUAUUCCUGUAGCCUCAUUUAAAGGCCUCCAAACAGAGAAUGUUGAUGCAAGUCAGGAUUAAUUUCUUUGUAUUAAAUAAAUAAAUUAAAAAUCCUAUUAAUAUUUUUAA